AUGAACGACUCACUUGCUACCGUUUUGGAUUUAUCGUUGAACAUCCGUGACAAGGAUGCUGUGAUGAAAGAAGUAAAAGAAGUUUUUGCCAAGCACGGCUUUACUGUUGAAUUCAACAAGAACACUGUUGACGCUCCAUUGCCAUCGCCAUCUGGCGUUGGUGCUAAUACUGCUACUACUACUCCUACUACUACCACUACGACGACGAUUGCCCGGCGACCACAAAGAAGCACGCCUAUAUCUCCACCUGACUAUCUUGCAUCGAUUCAACAACGAAAGAACGACGCUUUUUUGCGAUCUAUUGCGAGGGAGACGCGUGCCGAGUUUGAACGGGAUCGGCGAGCUGGAGAAGAGGAGGACCGCCGGUUGCGAAGACAGCAGGCAGCAGCAGCAGCAGUAGCAGCAUCUUCUUCAUCAUCAUUAAGAACAACAACAGCAACAACCAGUAACAGCAGCAACAACAACGCGACGACAAUGAUCCCCAGCAGCAGCAACAAUGACAACAGCAACAACAGCAACAAUCCAAGUGUGAGCGUGCAAGAACGAGAAGAUUCUGCUCGUAUGGUUUAUGAUCUGGACGACGAAGACAUUGACUUGAACGAUUUUGAGGAGACCCCUACUACUACUGCCGCCACCAAUACAUCAUCAUCAUCAAACAGCAACAACGCCGCCACUGCCACCUACCACCAUCGCCAUCAUCCUGUCUCUGCCCAAACAACAAUAGCAAGCAACAGCAGCAGUAAUAAUAAUAAAAACAACAACCUUAUCACCAUCUCUGGCCACUUGCGGUCGAAAAGACAACGCACACAGCAGACUGCACACUCACAGCCCGAAUACGACGACAUAAACACGCAGUACAGCCAAGAAGACGUCAGUAGCCAAGUUGUUUUGUCUGAUGGCGGAUCAAUGAAGAAUACAUGGCGCAAUGGCGGAAAGCUUGUCAGUGAAAUCGACUUUAUUUGUUCAACGCAUCCAGAGCAUAGGCUCAAGGUCAUCGACAACGUGCACAACUGUUUACAGUUCUUGGAAAGCAACAAUCAAUCACUCAACUUUGACGACAGCGCCUCACUUAUCAACGCACGACACCUUGAACAACAACAACAAGCCGCCAUUCUGAGCAGAGCAACAAGAAGCAAAGCCAAAUUGAACCUACUCGACAGCGCCAGCAUUGCCGUUGCCAUGAUGCAGAUCAUUCAAAACAUCAACAUUGUCUAUUGUCACGAAAAAACAGCACAAAGUAUGAUGGCCAAGAUGAAGCAAGGAGUGCGGCGAUAUAUGCACCUGAUUCGAGUUUGUGGACCUGAUAUUGCAUUGCUGCCGUUGACAUUUAACCCAUGGAAUCUGGAGGAGAUGAGCGAAGAAACGUUUCUACAUGCAUUGAAUAAUUCGAAUAUUGAAGUUGUAAAGCGAAAGUUGAGGGAUUUCCGUACUAUCGAUCGAUUGGUGCCGACUGUUGUAAAUAGAAUUGUGCAAAUGGCGAACAAUGACCAACAUGUUUUUCAAGGAAACAACACUCAGUGCCAGCAGCAACAACAACUACAAAGCAGCACGCCCGUUGAAAGAAUGGACUUGGAGGAUUAA